AGUUUUUAAAUUUUAUUCUAUAAAUGUUAGAAAUCACUGCAAAAUUAUACUUUUACUGCAAAUUUGUAAAUAAAUUUUUAAUCGAAUUUUUUAAGUAUUAUGACGGAUGUCACAGUUUUUAUACAACAAACGCAACCGGAAUGGGGAGUUAAGCUAUCAAAAUUUAUAUUUAUACCACAACGAGUAAUACUAGCUCUUAUGGGAUUCUUUGCUGUAGUAAAUGCCUACACAAUGCGAAUUUGUUUAUCUAUGGUAAUUCCAGCUUUGGUUUUACCCCGCAAUUAUAGCGAUGAAAAGGUUUCUGAAACACAUUGUCCUGUGUCGGAAGAUAUCUUUGCAAAUGAUGAGAUUUCUCUUUCUGGUACUCAUGAUUGGUCUCAGGCAAUGCAGGGAUUUAUUUUAAGUUCUUUUUAUAUUGGCUACUUGAUCACGCAUGUACCCGGGGGUGAGUUGGCGAAAGUUUUCGGAGCCAAAUGGGUUUUGAGUUUGGGUCUUCUUUCUACUGCCAUUUGCACUUUAUUAACUCCUUUGGCCAUUGACUUUACGGGUCAUAUUGGUUUAAUUGUUAUACGUAUUCUAAUGGGCUUGGGAGAAGGAACUACAUUUCCGGCUUUAAGUGCUUUAAUAGCUCAUUGGGUGCCGAAAAAUGAGAGAGGAGUAAUGGGUGCAGUAAUUCUAGGUGGUGGUCAAAUGGGUACAAUUAUAGGAAAUGUUAUGUCUGGAUUUCUUUUGGCCAGGAGUGGUUGGCCUGCCGUAUUUUAUGCCUUUGGCUGUCUAGCGAUUUUGUGGUUUAUAUUCUUUUCCUUGUUUUGCUUUAGUGACCCUGCCUCACAUCCCUAUAUAAAAUCCAGUGAAAAGGAAUAUUUAACACAAGAAUUGGGAUCUAUUACACGUAGAAGAGAUUUAGGUGCAACUCCCUGGAAAGAAAUUUUUCUCAGCAUGCCAAUGUAUGCCCUGCUAGUUGCUCAAGUCGGUCACGAUUGGGCAUUUUAUAUACUUGUUACCGACCUGCCGAAAUAUCUAAACGAUGUCAUGCAAAUACCCAUCAAAAAGAAUGCUCUCUACUCCUCAUUACCUUUCGCUCUUAUGUGGGUUGUUUCGAUAAUUGCAGGAAUUUUGGCAGACUUUUUAAUAAAACAUGAAGUUUUAUCUAUAACGGUAGUAAGAAAAAUUAUGACUACCGUCGCAGCCCUUGGUCCUACACUUUUCGCAAUUCUAGCUUCAUAUGCCGGCUGUAAUGAGUGGGAAGUUAUAAUAUACUUUUGUUUGUGUUUAGGUACAAUGGGUUUCUAUUAUGGCGGUGUAAGGCUUACGCCAAAUGACUUGAGUCCAAAUUACGCUGGAACUCUGAUGGCUAUAACAAAUGGUUUUGGAUCGUUUGCAGGAAUUUUAGCGCCAUAUUCUGUAGGUUUAAUGACACCAAAUACAAGUAUACAGGAAUGGCGACUAGUAUUUUGGGUUGGUGGAUUUAUACUUUCAUCAAGCGCAGUAUUUUAUUGCAUAUGGGCAAGUGGCGAUACUCAAUCAUGGAAUGAACCUAGUCCAAAGAAGGGUGUGGAAAAGGAAUAACUUAUAAAAUUUAUUUUAAUAAUAUGAAAUUUUGAAUGUGUUUUGUAUUCAAUUAAUAAAUCUAUUGUUAAUGAAAAAUU